AUGAGUACUCAUAAUAUUCCUGACUUCCCGCCUCCCGCUUAUAAACCAUAUGACCAAAAUUCAACCGACGAUGAUCGUGUACUAACAACUUCUGAAAAUUUUGAUCACUCUACGAAAAUUAAUAAUAAUUCUGAUAAUUUAAUAUAUUCUAAAGAAAUUACUGUUCAUAGGAAAACAAAGAAUAUUGAGCGUGUAAAUUCUCAAAAACAAUUAGUAAGAGGUGAUUCUGUUAAAAAAUUGAAACAACUUGAUAAACUUGAAUCUACAAAUGUUUAUGGUUCAAAACAAUCGGCUACAAAUGAUAUUUUAUCAAUGUAUUCUGAAAAUUUUGCUCCUCAUAAGACUGUACCUGCAAGGAAGCUUGAUGCUGUUACACGUGUAAAUUCUCAAAGAAAACUUGUAAGAGGUGAUUCUGAUAGAAAAUUACGACAACUUGAUAAGCCUGGUCCUGUAAAAGAUUAUGACUCUGAAAAUAUUACUCUUCAUAAAAAUGUUUCUACAAAGAAAAUUGAUGCUAUCUCACGUGUAAAUUCUCAAAGAAAACUCGUAAAAGGUGAUUCUAUUAGAAGAUUACAACAAUUUGAUAACUUCGAUUCUGAAAAUAAUCAUAAUUCAAAUGUAGUUGAAAGACAACCAACUACUGAUUAUGUAUUAAAUUCUGAAGAUGUUACACUUCAUAGGAAUGCUUCUGCAAGGAAACUUGAUGCUAUUACGCGUGUAAAUUCUCAAAGAAAACUUGAAAGAGGUUAUUCUACUAGAAAAUUACAACAACUUGAUAAAUACGGUCCCGAAAACGAUUAUGAUUCAAACUUUACAUCUGAUCCUAAUGAUAUAUUAAAUUCUGAAGAAAUUAUAUUAAAUAGGAAUGCAUCUAUAAAGAAACUUGAAGCUGUUACACGUGUAAAUUCUCAAAGAAAACUUGAAAGAGCUUAUUAUACUAGAAAAUUACAACAACUUGAUAAAUACGGUUCCGAAAGCGAUUAUGAUUCGAACUUUACAACUGAUCCUAAUGAUAUAUUAAAUUAUGAAGAAAUUAUAUUAAAUAGGAACGCAUCUAUUAGGAAGCUUGAAGCUGUGACACGUGCAAAUUCACAAAGAAAAUUCGCAAACAUUGAUUCUGUCAAUGAAUUACAAUUCCCUGGCCAGAAUAGACCUUUAAGUUUUUAUGAUUCGAAUGUAACUGCAAGACAACCAUUCACAAUUUAUGAUCAAUUCCAAUCGUGGUUGAUCAAUGAUGGUGCCAAAAAAUUAUUUUUUGGUUUAUGGAUAUUUCUCCAUAUCCUUGUAUUUUUUAUGGCUUUUCUCAAUUAUCUACUUAAUGACGACUUGGAAAAUGCUCGAAAAACUUUUGGGUUACCUUACGUAAUUGCACGUUCAGCUGCAUUGGUUCUACAUAUUGAUGCUGCUAUGAUUUUAUUUCCAGUUUGUCGAAAUUUAAUUACUUUACUUCGUGCCACUCCUUUAAAUGGAAUUAUCCCCUUUGAUAAUAAUCUUGAUUUUCAUCAAAUUAUUGGAUGGUCAAUUUUAUUUUUCACUAUAGUUCAUGUAGUUUCUCAUUGGAUUAACUUUUAUGAAUUAUCUAAGGAAUUAAAUGGUGGUAUAGGAAUGUGGUUUCGACUUAAUUUUACUACAGGUCCUGGUGCUACGGGUUAUGUAAUGUUAAUUUGUUUGAUAAUUAUGGUGGCUACUUCGAUAGAAAGUAAAAGACGACGUCAUUUUAAUCGUUUUUGGUAUCUUCAUCAUCUUUUCAUUCCUUUCUUUGGCGCUUGGUCUUUUCAUGGAGCUUUCUGUAUGAUUAAACCAGAUCGACCACCAUAUUGUAAUGAUAUUGCUGUAUUUUGGAAAUAUUGGAUCGCAUCUGGUGUUAUUUAUACUGGUGAACGUAUUCUUCGUGAAAUACGUGCUCGUCAAAAAACUUUUAUUUCAAAAGUUAUUAUGCAUCCUUCACGAGUUGUAGAAAUUCAAAUUAAAAGGGAAAAUAUUGUGACUAAAGCUGGUCAAUAUAUAUUUUUAUGUUGUCCAGAAGUAUCGCCUUGGGAAUGGCAUCCUUUUACUUUAACUUCUGCUCCUGAAGAAGAUUAUAUUUCUAUUCAUAUUCGUGUUGUCGGUGAUUUCACUGAAGCUUUGGCUAAAAAACUUGGUUGUGAUUUUGAAGAAGAAAAAUUUUCAAAAAAAAAUAGAGAUUGUAUAAAAAGUCAAAUUGAAGGAAUUGACAUUUCUGCAUUUAAAAAAAGUUUACCCAGAAUUAUGGUUGAUGGUCCUUUUGGAAGUGCAUCAGAGGAUGUGUUCAAAUUUGAAAUAGCGAUACUUGUUGGAGCAGGCAUUGGUGUUACUCCAUUCGCAAGCGUUCUUAAAACUAUCGAGGAACAAGAUAUUGAACAAUUUAUUGAAAUUCGUACUUAUUUAACUGGCCGUCUACGUGACUCUGAAGUAAGAAAUAUAUACACUAAUGACGGUGGAAUAAAAGAUGCUGUUACAGGUCUUAGAUCACCAACACACUACGGGCGUCCUGUGUGGGAUAAAAUCUUUUCAGAAAUGAGAGAUCAAAAUCCAGCUACUGAUAUAGGUGUUUUCUUUUGUGGGCCAAAACCCAUUGGAAAACAGUUGCAAGAGAAAUGCAAUUCAUGGAGUCAAAGUUUUGAAGACGGUACAAGGUUUUUUUAUGGAAAAGAAAAUUUCUAA